GAUCGUUUAUUGUGUUUUGAAACGUGAAGUAGUGAACGUGAACUGUGGUGAAACUCAAAUCGGAAAUGGCUCGUACCAAGCAAACUGCACGCAAAUCGACUGGUGGAAAGGCGCCACGCAAACAACUGGCUACUAAGGCCGCUCGCAAGAGCGCCCCUGCGACUGGAGGUGUAAAGAAGCCCCACCGCUAUCGCCCUGGAACAGUGGCCUUGCGUGAGAUCCGUCGCUACCAAAAGAGCACAGAGCUUCUGAUCCGCAAACUGCCUUUCCAGCGUCUGGUGCGUGAAAUCGCUCAGGACUUUAAGACUGACUUGCGAUUCCAGAGCUCGGCUGUUAUGGCCCUGCAGGAAGCUAGCGAAGCCUAUCUGGUUGGUCUCUUUGAAGAUACCAACUUGUGUGCCAUUCAUGCCAAACGUGUCACCAUAAUGCCGAAGGACAUCCAAUUAGCGCGACGCAUCCGCGGCGAGCGUGCUUAAGUUGGCAAGGCUUCAACUGGCAGCCCAAGCCCUAGCAUACUCUACAAUCGGUCCUUUUCAGGA